CCUUCACACUUUAUAGUAACUCCUUCACAUCCCUCAAAUUGGGUAUCGGUCUCCGACACUCUCGAUCUUGCUCCAUUUUCGAGACGAGCAAUAAUUGACUUUGGCAACAGCCUCGUUGCUGGUUCCAAGGCGUUUCGUUAUUUGCGUCUUCGAAACCCACAUCCUGAACCUGUAACUGUGAGUUGUCUCCUAUCGGGAUUUCUUGCCAACUUUUGCGUGUGUUUUGUGCGGACAGUCUCCGCGUAUCGUCAAACAAAUGUGCUUCAAUGUCCACAUACCAAAAGUGUUUGGCUCAAACAACGUCUUUUUUAUUUGUUUGGCUCUUUUCAGGUUCAUUGCAAACGCUACCCUUCAGGCGACGAAUUCGCCAUUUUUUGGCUCCUCACGGCCACCGAGGAUGUCGAGAAUCUAGUGGGCAUAAACCGGGAGACCCAGGCUCUUGUAGAUAUUUCCAACCCACCCAUAAGUUUGCGGUCCUGUCCCUCAGUUCGCUUGGGUGCCAACAGCGAGUGUCUUCUGCAAGUGAUUUGGUCACCCAAACCCCUUCCAAACCCUCUACGUCUCGCAGACCGACAGCCCUCUCCCUCUGACCUCCGUCAUGUCCUCCAGUUUCGUGUCAACCGCAUGGCAAUCGUGGAAGCUGUGGUGGUCGCCUCGAGUGUGAAGCAGCCCGUUGACAAAAAAACCUCGAAGAAGCCACCCAUUGAGGGUACCAAAGGCGUCGAAAAGCACAACAGACCAAUGGGGAGUGGCAGCCAGUGCUUGUCCUCUGCCAGCUCUUUCUCCCACAUCAGAAAUUCACGUCUCUUUGAGACCACAGGAACAUCGUCACUGCCAUUCGGCAUGAAUGCUUCACAAAUCGACGCAGAUCAGACAAUCGUCCAGCGCACUGUCGAACCUCGCUCUCGAUCGGGUUCUCCAACACACUUGCGCCUCCACUUGGGAAGCGACUAUCCCAUCCACACUCCUGAUGAGGUGUUCGCCAAGCCGCUUCUGCUGCCGCAAGGUUCCAGCCGCCUCCCAUCGACUCCCUCUCAGACGACCCCCUGCGAGCGGCGCUCAGCCUCCGAAAUCCGCAAACAAGCAGUGCUUCGUUCCGCCCAACGAUCUCAGUCUGUCGACGCAAACAUCCACGAGGGGGUGGGUUCAGUAGGACAACUCUGCACCAGAGCAACACCGGGGCGAACUGUUUCAACCGAUUGUCUUUACAGAGGAAGACCAACGUUGCCAAGGACACCCGAAAAUGAGACUUCCUUCAUCUCCCCCGCACUCCUCUCUCCUUUAAUUAAGAAAGUCUCACUCACCACUAACCUUCCGCACCUAGACACCACCGUCCUAUUCAACGCCUCACUUCCGGCGUCCUGCGGCAACAUCUUCGGCUGGGAUCCCCUGACUGCCCUCUCCGAGUCCACUGAACUCGGCUUCACUCGAUGGCUGAAUCACGUCUUCACGAGUGGCUUGGCCACGCGCCAAUCCCUGCCCACGCCGCGGACACACCUGGCCUUCACGCAAGGCCAACUGGGUGACCCGGGGGAAUCGAGGGCGGCCCUUGUCCGUCUGCUUCACUCGCCGGCGUUUUCAGCCCCGGCCCAUCGGAUUGAGCGCGAAGUCGAUCAGAAAAAGUUGGCCAUCAACUCCGACCUCAACUUUAAGGCCGACAAGGCCCACUUUCCAGGUCUCCAGCUGCGCACCUGCGACCUAUUCACCGUGCACUACGCACCCGUGUGGUUGGGGCUCUGCGUGGACGCCCUCCUUGAGCUCGUCCAGACACCCACCUCUUUCUCCUCCUCCUCCACCACGAACGCGGAGGGUGGCGUCGCGAAGGACUCGAAGCCCCUGCCCCUGAGCAAGCGUCUCUUCAGCCUCCUCUUUGCCACCGUCCCUCCGAUGCGCAGGCCCAAGAAGACGUCCGCAUCGCAAGAACCAACCACCGGUGGCUGGAAAACGGCAGGCAGGGAGGCCCCUCGACCAGCAUUGGGUGCCUCCUUCGUCGAGUACUACAAUCAACAGAUAAUUAAACGCUGUCUCACCUUGAUUUGGCUGUUGGAUCAGGCAAAAUCGAAGCAGAUUUUGCGUUUUAAUCCCUGUCUGUUUAAUGUUACCGCGCCUGUCAAGUCCUCGGUGGAGGUAUGCCAGACGCUUGGUCGGAAUUGCCUCUCGCGGGAGACCAACCUGGCGCGCAGUCUGGCUGUCCUGGGCGCCGGUUUGUCCGUCUCCCAGACCGGUCUGGAUGAAUUCGACUUCACCGUCAACAACUUGGCUGUGGAUCUGCGCGACGGUCUUCGAUUGGUGAAGUUGGCGGAUCUUCUUUUGGGGGAGUUGAGUGCCUUCCCCCAACCCACUGACCCUGCCACCUCUUCCUCCUCCUCCAACAUCCCCUCCCACGCCGGUCAUCUAAUCACCUUUGUUCGCUAUCCUGCCAUCAGUCGGCUCCAGAAGAUACACAAUGUGCGCCUCGCACUCACCGCUUUCGAAGGUGCUGGUGGUGGCCAGAAGCUCAUCACAGCUACCGGCAAACCCAUCACCGAGCGCGACAUAGUGGACGGUCACCGGGCGAAGACUCUCUCUCUCCUCUGGUGCAUCCUCCUGCGUUUUCAGGUCACUGCCCUCGUCGACUUCCCUGCGCUCAAAUCGACUGUGUACCGGUGUGUGCAGGAAGCGAAGGCUCACGCGACGGCCGAUUCUCCGUCGCAGCUGCUUCGCUGCGCUGACGAGGUGUUCGGUAGCGGUCUCUCUGCACCCAAUGACCUCAAUCAGGUGGAUCCUCUCCGUGAGAUGGAUCGCAAUCAACGGGCAUUAGUUUUGUGGGCGAGGGUCAUUUGCUGUCGGUUCGGUGUCAACGUGGCGAAUCUGGAUCAGUCUUUCUCGGACGGCCGUGCCUUCUGCUACAUCCUGCACUCCUACAUCCCGACUCUCCUUCCAAGGGCCCUGGUGCGUGAACCCACAACUCUGAACGCCCACAGAUACCCGGACACUCCGCAUGCACUACUCUUGCGGAAUAACAUGGCCAAUUUCCGGCUGUUUCAGCAUCGGUUGUCCCAACUGGGCGGUGUUCCAAUGCUCUUGGACGUCGGACCUGACCUCCUCACCAACACGAUUAUCGCGCGAGGCCAAACAAAGUCAGACGGGCAGACACCCUGUACCACGGUGCUCUCACCCGGCAUCGUGUUGGCCACCCUGGCCUACCUCGCGUCGCGCCUUGUCUUCUCCUCGGACGCCGACAGGGAGCAUCUUCAUCGAAUUGUCGAGGACCAUGCCGCGAGGAUUAUUCAAGCCCGCUGGAGGGCCGUUCUUGUGCUGCGACAGCUCCCGCGUAGGGCGACACGUGCCUCACUGGUGCCUUCUUCAUCGAUUACGCCCUUGUCUCGGAAGGCCGUUCAAUUUUUCAGCCGUCGCCCACGUUCUCUUGCGUCCGCGACGAUGAGUCUUGAUUCCUUCGCGAUCAUCAUCCAACGAGCCGUGCGUGCGUGGUAUCGUCGACGCUGGCUAGCGGCUCUUCAUAUUCAAGCUGUUUAUCGAGGUUAUUUGGUCCGCACUCAACUACGCCGCCGUUAUGGCAGCUGUCGAAUCUCGGAGAUCUCCAAGAUUCGUGUUCGAUGUGCUGUUGUAAUUCAGUGCCACGUCCGUCGCUGGUUGGCGCUCCGUCGAGUAACGGCGGUUCGUGCCUUCAACUUCGCUAGAACAAGUGCUGCGAUCUACCUUCAAUGUCGGGUACGACGCUGGAUCACUCAGCGUCGAAGGAAUCGGGCUGCUAGGGUUAUCCAGGUCGCCUGGCGGACCCACCGACGCACUGUCGCAGCCGUGCGCAUUCAGCGAGCCGUCCGCGAAUGGUUAAAUCGACGAAGGGAACGUAGCGUGGUGCGUUGUCAGGCCUUGGCAAGGGGAUGGCUUGCCCGCCGAAUGGUCUCCAAGCGACUUGCUUUCGUGAUUACUGUCCAAGCGCUUGGAAGGGCCUUCAUUGCUAGGAAGAAGGUCGAAGCUCGCCUCAGCUCCAUGCAUCGUGCAGCAGUGGUAAUUCAGAAGACAUGGAAAGGUCAUCUGGAGAGGCGGAAGUAUCUCGAAACCCGGUCAAAGGUGAUUCGCCUUCAGGUCUCGUGGAGAGGGUCGCUGGCACGAUACCGCUUCGUGGCACUGCGAAAGCGUAGGGAGCGUGCGGCGCUGGUUAUUCAACACUGGUGGUGCGCUGUUCGCCAGCGACAGCGCUUCCUUCGUCAGCUUCGUGCAGUCCAAACCAUUCAGAAGCAUUGGAGAGCCACCCUGGAGCACCGUGCUCGUGUGCUCCUCGCGAUACAGUUGCAAGCGCUUUCAAGGGGCUGGUUAGCAAGGCAGGAUAUCCGUCUGAAGUCACAAUCCGCGGUUACGAUCCAGCGUCACGUCCGUGGUUGGAUGGCGAGGCGACAAGUCAAGUGGAUGCGGGACCACCUACUCCGCGUGCAGUGCCUCUGCCGCGCGUGGCUUGUGUCUCAGCGCCUGCAGCGUCGUCACGCCGCCGCCACUGUUAUCCAGAGAGCAUGGAGGACGAGCAACCAACGGAGGGCUUUCUUGCGCACUCGGCAAUUGGUCAUCUUGGUUCAACGACGCUGGCGUGCCGUCUUGGCAGCAAGAAGGGCUGCAGCAUUGCUGGAGACACGCACGGCUGCUGCAGUGACCAUUCAAUCCUCCUGGAGGGCCCAUCUAGCUAGGCGCGAGUUUAUCCAGCUUCGAGCUGCCGUUUUGACUAUUCAACGCGCUUGGAGGACCUGUAGAACGGAAAUGAGCGUGAAACGCGAGGAAAAGGUAGGUGAUUUGAAGUUGAUCUGGUCUUUCUCCUCGCAGGCUGCCGCAUUGAUUCAACGCAAUUGGCGAGCUGCGACGCUUUCUCGGUGGCUGCAUCGUCGUCGCAGAGCGGCUCUCAAGAUCCAAUCCGCCUGGCGCAGUUAUCGUGUUCGAUGCUGCCUGGCCAAAGCGUCUGUCUCAGCACCGCCACCACCACCGCGCCGCAUAGCCCCCGACAGCACCAAGUCGUCACCGCCCCCUCGACCGCGUCGCAUCGCGUCUCCUCGCCACGCGAACCCCGGAGGACAUUAUGCGGCAGUUGCUCGUAUUCGACAGCGUCUUGACGAGGCCAAUAGACAGGCACGAAGCAACCCACUGCUGCGGAUGGGCACUCGCGCGAGCAGCGCCCUCACCAACCUCCUACAGUACACUUCUGUGUCCAGCGUUCUGGAGGCGCUCAGACAACUCGAAACAGCCACGCGUCUGUCGCGCGAGGUAUGCUUUUGGCUGAGUCAGGUUCCUGCGCCGCGGUCCGCUUCCCACAGCCAACCCUCGGCGCCCGUUUGUCUGCCUCACACCCUCCUCCAACUCUUCCACUCGUGCAACCGUUCCGUGCCCAACGAGGAGAUCAUGCUCGUCUCGGUGGCCAUUCUGCUCAAUCUCACUGAACAUCGCGAACUGGCGCAACGGCUUGACAUUUGGUGGGUGCCUCCACCUGCCGAUCCUUCAACCCACUGGCUCACCGCCAAGCUCCAUCGCCGCGCGGAUGUGUGUGUCGGAAGCAUCGAUGAUGAUGAUGAAGACAACCUUGACGGCGAGUCCAGCUCGAAAGGCAGCAGUGCCGCCAUCUCCGAGGGACUGUGCAUCGUUGAGUACCUUUUUGGAAUGCUGCGCAGGCUUUGCCGCGCGAGACCUGGCACACUGAGCAUUCGACUGUUCGCGCGCAUCUGCUACCUGCUUUCGUGCCUGUGCGGAGCCCUGCCACCCGAUCUGGUUCCAGACAACCUGCUACCCUUCGUGGAGGUAAUCUUCGGCACUGUUCAGCGCCUCUGGAGUCGCGCCCUCUCGAAUACCCCAGUCCGACCUGAGGUGCAGCAAAUGCUCCGACGUCACGCCUCCUCCUCCUCCUCAGCCCACGACACCAUCGACACCAGACGAGACCUCCUUCGCAAACAAGUCGUGCUUGAGCUGAGACUGGAGCGUCUCCCCUCGAAGCCGCAGAUGAACCCGCUGGUGGCCUGCGAGCUUCUUUUCUUGACUCUUGAAGCCCAGAAAACAAGAAUUCCACUGACCUCGACGACCACCUCCCAUUCUAAUGGAUCUACUCACUCUGCAGAUGUGUAG